UCAUACCAUAGAGCAGACUGUUGGACCGACAUAAAAUUCACUAUGAACUGUUUGACUGACAGCUAAAACGCCAUUUUGCUAUUAUUACAGAAGGUUGCAUUAUCUGUUCGUCAACAAUGUAAAGUGAAAUGUUUGCUGGAUUUUUACAGUGAAUGUAAUGUGAAGUGCUAUUUUAGCCCUCAAUUUCUAAACUAGGGUUAUGGAGGAGUCCAACGACGAGCUCAGGGUCGUUCCCGAGCUCUACUUUCUGAUAGCGAAAUUUCUAUCGGGCGGACCCCUGAAGGAGACUGCAAAGACUUUGCUAAAAGAGCUCGAGACUAUAGAGGUGCUGCCUCGGCGACUGGACUGGGAGGGACACGAGCACGCCCAGUCUUACGAUGAACUGGCUUCUCAACAUGCUGACGUGUCGUGGCGCCGCCUGGCGUCGGUCUGCGAGCGCGCUGUGGCACUGGCGCGGCUGGCGCCCAGCCAGGCUCCGGGCGGGGGCCCGGCCGGCGCCCCGCCCCGCAUAGCGGCGCGCCUGUCGCUGCUCAGUGAGACACUGGUGCGCCCCCGGCCGCGCUACGCGUCCCACAUGACCGACCACAGCCUGGUGCGGCGUCUGAUGGCGCGCGAGCUGGGGCAGGGCGCGGCGGCGGCGCCGGGCGGGCGCGGGGGUCCGGCGCUGUUCCCGCCGCGCCUGCUGGCCGGCCUGCAGCUGCAGCGGCGCACGCUGGGCCACCUGUCGGCCGUGUACUGCCUGGUGGUGGACUGCUCGGGCCGCUACGUGAUGACGGGCGCCGACGACAUGCUGGUGAAGGUGUGGAGCGCGCUGGACGGGCGCCUGCUGGCGACGCUGCGCGGCGUGGGCGCCGAGGUGACGGACGUGUGCGUGAGCGCGGACGGCGCGCUGCUGGCCUGCGGGUCGGUGGACCGGCUGGUCCGCGUGUGGAGCCUGGGCUCGGCCGAGCCGCGCGCCGUGCUGGCGGCGCACGCCGGCACCAUCACGUCCGUGCACUGGGCGCCGCCCGCGCGCCGCGACAUGCGCUGGCUGGCCUCCACGUCCACGGACUGCUCCGUGGCCUUCUGGACGUGCUCCCCGGACGGCCACUUCCUGUCGCAGCCGGUGCAGUACGUGGAGCGCAUGCGGCCCGGGGUCUGCCACAUGAUAUGCGCCGCCUGGUCCGCCGGCGGGGCCUUCCUGGCCGCCGGCAGUGCCGACCACCACGUGCGCAUCUACACCGUGGAGCACGAGCCCGGCGGACCCAAGCGGGUGCUGGAGACUCCGGUCCACGACGACGCAGUGGACAGUAUCGCGUGGGCGCACCGCGGCCUGCGCUUCGUGUCGGGCAGUAAAGACGGCAGCGCGGCGCUGUGGACGCUGCACGCGACGCAGUGGCGCCACGUGCUGCUGCAGCCGCAGAGCGAGGCCGGCGACGGCAAGCGGCUGAAGAUGACCAUGGUGUGCUGGGACCGCUCCGACGCCUUCGUGCUGACGGCCGUGUCGGACCACAGCAUCCGCGUGUGGUGCGCGCGCUCGGCCGCGCCCGUGCGCGUGCUGCGCGGCCACCGCGACGAGGCCUACGUGCUGGAGGCGCACCCCUUCCUGGCCGGCGUCUUCCUGUCGGCCGGCCACGACGGCCAGCUCUUCGUCUGGGACGCGCGCGAGCCCGAGCCGCUCGCCGCCUUCCACAACCGCAUCGAGGGCCACGGGGACGGCGCCAUCUUCGACGCCAAGUGGGGCGGCGGCGCCAGCAUAUACUCAAUGACGGUGCGUCUGUCCGCCUUGUUUGAGGCGCUGUGGACGCGGCAGGGCCCGGGGGCGCGCGCGGGGGCGGGGGCGCGGCGCCCCCAGCGCACCGCCCGCGCCCCCCGCGCCGCGCGACCCGCCCGCUCCACGCGGACCGCGCCCCCGUCCAGCGACCAGGACGAGCUGAUGAAUGGGCACUCUGCAGCGGAGACAUCAGCCAGUUCUGCCAGUUCUGCCAGCUCUGCCAGCUCCUCGAACUCGUCGGACUCUGAGUCCGAGACGCUGGCGGCGACAUCUCGCCGAGUACACGGCAGACAACGAUCUGACUCGUGGGACAGCGACGCUCCGCUACAUAUGCAUCGGAAGGGUAAAGGUGUCGGCAAGAAGAGUAAGAGUAGCAAUGCGAGCGCGGAGCCGGGGCCCUCGACUAGUCGCGCGAGACUGUCCGACGAAGACAUGGAAGACGAAGAAGAGGAAGAAGGCGGCGCGUCGUCGUGGUCGGGGUCGGGGUCGGGCAGCUCGGCGUCGACCGGGCGCGGCGCGCGGCGGGCCCGCAAGCGGCCGCGCUCGGGCUCGUCGUCGUCGGGCGCGCCGCUGCAG